GCAUCAGGUUUAAACUGCUUUCAGUGUUUACUCUCGGUACGCUUUUUGGAAAACAGUUGUGUUCAGUAUUCUGUUUAAAAACUUUUGAAGUAAUCAGGCGUUUCGUUUGUAAGGUCGCUUAAAAUUAGCGUUACCCCAAAAGCUCACAGCAAUCUCUACCGGAGAGCCUGACAAGCCAUUAUACACAUUAUACGAUCACGAUGUUUGUUUACAAUGAGGCGGAGCGCUGGCGGUCGCUCUACGCGUGGAACGCCGUGGAGGUCCUCGUGGACGGUGUGAUGCAGCUGGGCAAAGUAGUCAACUUAGCAGAGAAGGGUCUGAUCGUUGAUUUCGGCUGUGCUGGACAGCGCUCCCAGUUCGUCGAAUACCAUACCGUCUUCCAAUCGCAGAGACUCUUGACUUCUGGAGGCGCGCAUGUGAAUCCUGGUGUGCAGGUCCUCCUGCGCGCUGGCCGCGAUUGUCCCUGGGCAUGGUAUUCCGGGAAGGCGCUGUCCCUUGGCACUGACAGUGAAGGCUAUUUGGCAGGUCUGGUCGUCGUGGAGGUGCAGUUGCCCCACGGCAUCGUCAAGGAGCUCCUACCCAUGAAUCAGGGGCGCCGACCGCUUUCGGAAUCCGAUUUGGCACUGUUGAGCGUGCGGGACGGAGGCUUUGUUAUCCGUGAAUGUUCCUUGCCGGCGACAUACUCAGGCGGAUUUCAGCCACCCUUCGAGAUUCACCCCAUCAGGCUUCCUCGAACGCGGAGAGUUUUGUGCACGGCGGUGCUCGGCGAUAGGCUGUUGUACUUGCAGCAUGGUGUUGACCGUCCGCUGCAGCCUGAAGAGCUGGAAGAGUUGUACAAUCGAAUGAAGAAAAACGGCGACAUCCCAGAAAACUUGAUCUUUUCGACCCAGAUUACAGUUAAGGGACAAGACAGACACCGUCAAGCCAAGGCCAGCUGUCAGCUAUUCCAGUUCUUGCCCAGCGAGCUGUUAAGGGAAGUCUUCCAGUCCAUGGAUAGCAUCAACCGCAUCCGUUGUCGCCGCGUCUGCGCCCUGUGGAAUACGGUCCUCACCACGGACGCCAACUUGCCCGAUGUGCGGGUCUCCGGGCGAAAAGAGGACUCUCCGUCGUCCCGUAUGCCGCCGUUAUUCUGGGCCCUCAACUGCCUACUUCACUGCGUCAGUGGUCGCGCGAAGUGGAUCGUUCUAGCUAACAUGGAGAUGAGCGAAUGCGACCAGGCUGACACGUUGAUUCGCUACAGCGCCGGCCGCAUCCAGACGCUGGUGUUUAACCGGUGUUCGUGGAUUGGCAAUGCCUGGUCCAGUUCUUUGGGGACCAUCAUGGAAUGUCUGCGGCGGGUGUGCGGCACCGCGGAGCGCGCGGUGUGGAAACAGUGUCACAUCGGGGAGCGGCGCCUGACUGCCGUCGUGCCGCAGCACUCGAUCGUCUGUCUACCCGACGAGAGGCUUUUAGAGCAGCUGCGGGAUAUGUUCGAAAAGCAUCUGGUUGUGAAGGAACCGGUAGAUCGGGCGCUCGUGCCCGAAUGAAUUGCCCUCUCGGUUCAGCAUAAUUAAUCGGACCAGCUGUGGCAUUCGCUGUACUACUACCAGACCGAGGAUCCACGCAGCUCAACGCAUUAUCGUGGCCAUCAGUGGAUAUCGUCCCACAUCCGCGAUGUGGAUGCGAACAAAACUGACCAUAAUCACCGCAGCGGCCCUGUUUGAGGGGCUGAAGGAAGCGCGCUGGUUGAAGCAGUAUCGUCAGUCGUAAUUAUUCUUUUUGAUUCCGUUAAGCUAUGCAGGCUUGUAUCCGGCAUUCUCGUUAACUCGGAUGAUGGGAUAUUUCACAUAUUUGCUUUUGUACUCAGUAACAAUUUGUAGUAGUUUUUGGAUAACAGGUUUAAUUAGCGGCAUUGGAAAACUGAUUUUUAUUCCAGUCGUAUGUUGUACAAUUCUCUUGAGUACUUGUACAUUUGCUGCUGCUUUCGGUAUUUACACCCCGUUCACGCCAAGUCCGACCUGCUGCGUUUUGAUUUUUUUCUAAGUGUGUGCACUAUUUAUCCUGAAUCAUUUUCUUGUUUUUGGUAGAACUUCUUCUUGCGCAUCUUAUGAGUAUAAAAGCUUCAGUU